AAAAUCUUUCUAAAAAUCACCAACCUUAAUACAAGAGAGAAGAUAAAGACUGUUAUUCUUUCCCUAGAUAUUAUUAUUCCUAGCCUUGCAACUAUGCAUAGAAACUUGCUUUAUAUCUCUCUUAGCGUAUUUAUCCUAAAACGUCACGUAAUAAAUGACAUGCCAAAAGAGAAAGAAAAGAAGGCACUAGAGAGCGAUAAGGCUAAGCAAGGCAAGAGAAGCUUACUGCUAACAAUCUACAAAAGGCUACGCAAGAACUAG